AUGCCACAAAAUCAGAGAGCCUCUCCUGGCCCCAAUGAAGCCCAAAGUCCAAGACCUUUGGCUGGAAAUGUGAACAGCCCGGCGGCAGCAAGCCAGCAAGGAGGGGGGAGUCAAAGCCCGUCAGGAGACACUUUAAUGACAAUGGACAAUCCCAAUCCCGCCAUUGCCCAGCUCGAGGUAGACGACGAAAACGAAGACACAGUAUCGAUAUACACCAUGGAUGCCUACCCCAACAUGACGGCUGCGUACCAAGUCGAACGUCCUUAUCACCCUGGCUCUGGCUCUGCGCAUGACGAUGCUACAAUUGACUCAGCGCGAACAUUAUACGCCGAAGAUGUCGACUAUACCACCGAGCACGAUCGGACCUACUGUGGCGACUACUUCAUGCCAGUUGACCAAACUGAGCAAACGCGCCAAUACGUAGCUCACCAAGUGUUUCUCAAGCUCUUCAACCUCGAGCUGACCACGGUACCGUUGGAACACCCCCGCUACAUCCUCGACAUCGGUACGGGUAUCGGCGAAUGGGCGAUAGGGAUGGCAGAAAAGUAUCCGCAAUGCGAGGUAUUCGGUACCGAUAUUGCGCCCAUCCAGCCAACCCACCAAGUACCCUUCAAUGUCGAGUUUCACAUCGAGAACGCCGAGGACGAGUGGAUCCGCCCGCCCGACACAGUCGACCUGGUCCAUUUUCGGAAUAUGGAAGGCGCCUUUUCUGACUGGCGCUAUAUCUAUCAGCAGGCCUACACCUGUCUAAAACCCGGCGGCUGGAUCGAGGUUAUCGACUAUGACGACUGUUUCUCCUCCGAGAACUUCCUGUCGUUCUACCCGCCAGACUCGCCCGCACACUUGUUGGCCGAAGGUGUUUUGGAAGCGGCGCGAGUGGCAGGACGGCCGCGCGGGAUUGGGCACAUGGAUAAGGCUCUUUUGGAGGAAGUCGGGUACACGGACGUCAACGAAACCGUGUACGACAUGGGCGUAGGCGCCCGCGAAAACAGCAGCUACGGAAGCUUCUGGCUGUUCACAGUGGUCACGGGACUGGAGGCGUGCUGCCUGCGCUCUUUGACCAAGGAUCUGGGCUGGGACCCCAAGGUGGUGCGGGACAUGUGUAAGCGGGCCGCUCAAGACACGAGGGCGAUUGCUGAGGACACGACGAGGACCGGCAGCUUUGUGAUCAAGCUCCGAGUCAUGACGGCCAGGAAGCCCACAGCGCACGAGCAUUGGUUGGCCGGCAAGGGGACGGUACCCGAGUCGGAGACCGGGACACUGCGUGAUGGGGACCAGAGCACCAUUAGGUCACAGAAGACAGUCAAGACGGCUAUUUCGGACGCGACAGGCCAGGAAACGCGGCCCGUGUCUCAACGUUCGAAUCUCACCGAAGCAUGA